AUGCUGCCCGACCCGGUCGUGCCCGGGACCCUCACUUCGGCCUCACCCGGCCCUCAAGCGCGCCGUUUGGCUGCGGAUGACCCAGCGAUUGUUGUUUUGGCACCCGGUAGGGCGGCAGGCAUGCUGCCCGACCCGGUCGUGCCCGGGGAAGCGCUCGCAGCCGCCACGGCUCGCGCUCUGGGUGUUGCCCAUGGCCCCAGCGACCUCGAGGGCGUCCUUAGCGACGACGAGGACGCCUUGGACGACCCCGUCGACGCUGCCAGCCCCUCGGAAGUCCUGGCGAGUGUGUUGCCUUCACCCGAAAGGGCAGGUGGCAUGCUCAGCGAGCGCGACGAGGGCGCGUCAGCACAGGAGCUCAGCCUUCCAGCCCAUGCUCGGCCUACUGCUAGCCAGCAAGACCCUGUGCUGACGGUGUACGCGCACAACGCCGCUGCAUUCACUUGCGCGGUGUGUGCGCACACCUGUCGCGACCUCGCCGCGCUCGCAACUCAUCGUCGCACAGCGCACCGUGACACCUGCUUCGUGGACCAUUUCCACAGCGGGUGCACGUGCGGCAUCGGCUUCAGGUCGCGUGCAGCGGCAACGAAACAUGCUAUGGCGUGCAAGGACAGCUCCUAUUUCGCCGCCGCCGCUGCACGCGACUCCAGCCUCUGUUCUCCUCUUUUGCCUGAAUCGCGCAGUGAGGUGGCCCCAACCCCUACAGGGCCCCUCAGCGCGGCGGUACUUGCAAUUACAGCAGACGCAUCAAGCGCCACUGUAACAGCAGGUGCCGCCAACACACAGAGCAUCGUGCCCGCCGCUCCUGCUUCUGCUGGGCACCAGUACGUCCCCCCCGGUCGGUGCCCAACUCUCUCACCUCCACAGGUCCGGGUCGCCGGGAAGCGCCGCCGUUUGAACGAUCCUGAUGCUGAGCUUCCCAGCCCGGACCUGGAUGUUGUUAUGCAGGUUACAGAUGGAGUGAUGGACCAAGCCUCUGCUCAAGCAGCGUCCCUGCCCAACGCUCCACGGCCUUCUUCGCAGUGCGCCACGGCGCAGCAGACUCGUUGGGGACCCCGGCUCUUGACAGAUGAUGCGACAGCUCCGACCCUGGCAGUGCGAAGACCACUGACACCUGCCGCAUCGGGCACUGGUGCCACGCGGUGGGGGCCAUGUCACCGCGCGAUCGGGGCCGCCGCUGUUGCCCAUCUUGUUACCGGGGAACCCACUAUUCCGGCACCAUCCACUCGACCUUCCUCGCUGCCUGCUCCACGACGGACACUCACGCGCUGGGGACCACGGGUGCUGGUGAGGAUGCCAUCGUCAGGGCGUCGCUUGGGCACCCGAGGGACUCCAUCGCUGACCAGCUCAUCUGCCGCAGUCAGCUCGGAAGCUGCCUCAGCGCACCCGCCGGCUCUACCUCGACCAAGUCCAAGCGCUCCCUCGCUCACUCGGGCAGUAGAAGUUCCUUCCGAGGACCACGAGCCAUGGCUUUUGCGUUUUGACGGUGCCUGUCGGCGGAAUCCUGGACCAGGUGGUGCGGGGGCGGUGCUGUUCGACUCGGGCGGCACGGUGGUGUGGACCUGCUCCCAUUUUCUCCCCUCCAGCAGCGAGACCAAUAAUACGGCCGAGUAUACGGCACUGCUGCUGGGUUUACGGAGUGCGGUGCAACAUGGGGCCACGCGGUUGCUGGUCGAGGGCGACAGCAACCUGGUGCUCGCCCAGGUGCGCGGCUCCUUCUCGUGCAAUAACCGACGGCUUCGGAGGCUGCGUAAUAGCGUGCGCCAGGAACUCCGGCGACUGGAAUGGCACAAGCUUCGCCAUGUCGAUCGCCAAGCCAAUUCUCAGGCUGAUCGUCUGGCUAACCGUUCACUCGAUCUUCAGCGCACCGCUGUGGAGUGUGGUCACCACUCGGGAGACAUGCUCGGCUGUUUCCAGCCGAAUACUCCGCCUGCUACCGACUUGCCGGCUCCAGUGAACACAGGAGCUACGUCUGUUUUUAGCGAUGAGUCGGGGGUGGACGACGAUACGAUGGAGGUUGAAGCUGAGAUCGCAGCGCGCGAUGGCGAAGUCUUUCCAACGCUGCCCAUUGGCCCAGGCUCGGCUCCAGCGCGACAACCUCGUCUCCGGCUGCGUCAACUCACCGAAGAGGAGCGGGAUGCCGCCGCGGAUGCGCUCCAAACGUUUGCAGAUGGCAUGGCGAGCAGAAUUACUGACGCGGAUUGCUGGGCCACAGGGGAAGGUUAUAUCAGCGCGAUCCCGGAUCGGAUUCGUGAGGUACUGCUACAAUUUUCUAACGCGCCUCCUCCUGCUUCGGCUUCACCAGCUCCUAGCACGACUCAAGCGUCGUCCCGUCGCCGGCGCCCGCCGCGGGUGACACGGUCUCAGCGUGAGCACCGCUUGGAUGAAGCGCUCGAUGACUUGCAGACAACGCAGCAAGCGUCUCCGGCGGACCAGCGGGCAGUUCGCAAGGCACGUCGGCGAGUUGGAAGGAUUCGUUCGUCAAUGGCUCAGCAGCAGCUUCGACGUGACUUCGCUCAGGACGAGGCCAAGUGUGUGACCAAGCUUCUGGCGGACGCCUCGGUGGACACGGCCGGCGAGGAGCACCCAGAUACGUGUCCCAUCGAUCGCGAAGAGAUGCACCGCUACUUCACCGGCACAUGCACGGAGAGGGUGCCGUUCGACUACGAUGCUCCGCAAGGUCAAGAGUUCCGGGCGGCGUUAGACGUUUACACGCCUGCGUUGUUGGAAGCGGAUGCCCUCGACGAAGAACUGUCGAUGGAUGAAGUGGACUGCGGCUGGAUCGCCUGA